CUUUUAAUAACCUUAUAGUGUGAAGAUUUUUGUUACUAUUACAUUUCUUUUAGCUCUUUUGAUCCUAUUUUAUCAAGUAAUUGCUACCUUUCACCAACACACAAACUAAAUAAGUGGCGUAAAUGUGAAAAAUGAAAUAAAAUGUGAAGGGAGAGAAUCUAUUGACGAAGAGAUGUGAUGACAGCUUACUGAAAUUUGGCAUUUGCAUGGAAUCCAACAAAGAUUUGGAUUGAAGUAGAGAAAGGACAAAGGUUUUCCCCAUGUACACUUUCCCACCUUAUCUUUCCUCUCUCUCACUUUCUCCAUUUUAAACCACCGAACUCACUACCCACUGCUACAUAUCUACACUAGGUACAUUUUCCCUCAUUAAAUACAAGUUGAAACUACUUCCUAUAGUUCAUUCAUAAGUGUGGAUGUACUUGUAUUCUCUACUCUUGUAACUUCAUUCCUUUUUCAUUGAGAAAAAUAGAAUGUUCAUUUCCCUUCUAGAAACAAACUAGUACAUAUAAUCGUUGUUCAAGGUUUCUUUAUUAGCUUCUGCACGACAUCCUGGUGAUUGUGAUGGCUCUAGAAGCUUCAACGCCUUUGCUGAUGGAUCCCCAUGUUCCGAUGUUGACAUCAACCAAUGCAGGUACAACUCCGGAUGAACAAGAGCAAACGCAUCGACGACCAAACAUUUCAGAGGUUAUGGAGGAGAUCAAAUUACUGUAUUCAAUAGCCUUACCCAUCAUUGCUGCUGGAUUGCUUACAUAUGGAAAAUCAAUGAUAUCAAUGCUGUUCAUGGGUAGAUUAGGUAAAGAAGAACUUGCUGGUGGAUCUUUGUCUAUUGGCAUAGCCAAUAUCACUGGCUACUCUGUUCUUUCUGGACUUGCUUUGGGUAUGGAGGCUAUAUCUUCUCAAGCUUGGGGUGCCAAGCAAUGGCCUCUUAUGGGUCAAACUCUCCAACGAACAAUCUUGAUUCUGUUAUUUUCAUCCCUCCCCAUUUCCGUCUUGUGGCUAAAUAUUGAACCUUUGCUUAUUCUCUGUGGCCAAGAUCGAACCAUUUCAUCAAUUGCUUCUACUUACCUGUGUUUCUGUCUACCUGAUCUUUUCAUUCAAUCCAUUAUCAAUCCUCUCAAAAUCUACUUGAGAACUCAGAAUGUCAUAUUCCCUCUUACGUUUAGUGCUGCUUUUUCACUUGUCCUGCAUGCACCUAUCAACUAUUUCCUUAUCUAUAACCUUAGCCUUGGUUUUAAAGGUGUUGCUAUAGCCGUGGUGAUUGCCGAUUUCAAUCUACUUAUUGUUCUUUUUCUUUAUGUUAACCUUUCUGGUGUUCAUAGAAAAUCUUGGCACGGUUGGUCAGCUGAUUGCUUUGAUGGGUGGAAACCAAUUUUGAGUCUUGCAGUCCCUAGCUGCAUCUCUGUAUGCUUAGAGUGGUGGUGGUAUGAAUUGAUGAUAUUGUUGUCAGGGGUUCUUUUUAAUGCUGCAGAAGCUGUGUCUACUAUGGGAAUUCUCUUGCAGGCAACUUCACUUGCUUAUAUAUUUCCAUCAGCAUUAAGUUUAGCUGUUUCCACAAGAGUUGGAAAUGAGUUGGGAGCCAAUCGACCUAGUAAAGCAAAGACUUCAUGUCAUGUAGCAACUUUAUGUGCCUUAGUUACUAGCAUCGUAGCAAUGCUAUUUAUGACAUCCUUUAGAAGUACUUGGGGCAAGGCUUUUACAGACGACAAGGCGAUUUUGGCAUUGACAGCGGCAGCAAUGCCGGUGGUGGGGUUGUGUGAAUUGGGCAACUGCCCACAGACCACCGGUUGUGGUGCUUUGAGGGGGAGUGCGCGGCCAGCUUUAGGUGCUCAUAUAAACUUGGGCUCUUUCUAUGGAGUUGGGUUGCCUCUGGCAAUUUAUUUGGGCUUUGGUAUGCAAAUGGGUUUGUUGGGCCUUUGUUUUGGCUUGUUGGCUGCUCAGGCUGUUUGUGCAUGUCUCAUGUUUUUUGUGUUGAAUAGAACGGAUUGGCUGAUGCAAGCUCAGAGAGCAAAAGAGUUGCUUGGUGUUGAAGAAGAAUAUCAAACUAUAUCAAUCAAAACAGUUUGCUGGUAGAAAGUAAUUAGUUUAUGCUUUUCUCCCCUCCUGUGAUACCUAUAAGAAUAGGACAGUGCUAUGUAUGUUGGGUUUUUUUAUAUUUCUUGAGCGUUUCUGUUUCUGUAUAAUUUUUUUUCUCAUUUUACAUGCUUUCGGUUUUUGUGGUCCUAUAAGUAAACAAUUAAGGUGAAUGUAUAUAUGUUGUUCAUGGAA